GCUCCAAUUACGAUCUUCCAAAGCUCUCAAAUCUCAAACAAUCUCUCUUCUCCAGCGUCCGAUCUCUGCAUAAAUCAACCCAAUCAGAUCUCUCUCCCUCUUCGCGCGCCAAAUACAAAUCUCUCUCCUCCCUCCAAUUUUKUGGUUUCCAUCGGCGGUAAUGGCGGAUGGUCCGGGGAGUCCGGCUGGUGGUAGUCAUGAAAGCGGCGGUGAACAGAGUCCUCACUCAAACUCUAACAUUAGGGAGCAAGACAGGUUCCUCCCGAUCGCUAACAUAAGCCGGAUCAUGAAAAAGGCAUUGCCUGCUAAUGGGAAGAUCGCGAAAGACGCUAAAGACACCGUUCAGGAAUGCGUUUCCGAGUUCAUCAGUUUCGUCACUAGCGAGGCCAGCGAUAAGUGUCAGAAAGAGAAGAGGAAGACAAUUAAUGGUGAUGAUUUGCUCUGGGCUAUGGCUACGCUAGGUUUUGAAGAUUAUAUUGAUCCCCUCAAGGCUUACCUGUCUAGAUACAGAGAGUUAGAGGGUGAUACAAAGGGUUCUGCAAGGGGUGGAGAUGGAUCGGGCAAGAAAGAUACAAUGGGACCUCAGCUUGUUCCAAAUGCACAGUUCCCUCAUCAAGGACCGUAUACACAAGGCAUGAAUUUUUUGAAUUCGCAUGUUUGAACUUCCAACUAAGAACCUGAGGUUCAUGAUCCAGUUGUGGGACUUUUGGAUCUUCUUGUUUAGUGAUUCAUGUAUUUGGUACCAAGUGGUGAGUAAAAAAUGUUUUGAAGUUAGAUCUUUCAUAUAUACAACGUACCGUUUGCUUAUCUCCCGUUUGUUUUUUCUUUUGGCGGGAAUAAGUUCUGUGGUGGUGGUUUAAUUGCUAUGAUGUUGAAAUUUGUAAGCUGAAUGAUCUAUGUUUAAAUGAUGAUUGAUAUUUGAAUUCUGGGUCUAAGAUGAAUCAGUUGGUAAGUCUUGGUCCUAGUCUGCUA